AAAUAAAUAUUUAUUCUAUUUGUUUUUAACUUUACAACAAAAAGCAAUGCUCACCCUUUGAAAUUAUAAAUUUUAAUCCGUUUUUUCCGAUUCAAUAGCCAAACAUGAACACCUUGAAAUAUUCCCAGGACAUAUCCCCCGGUAAGCAAGCUGCUUUCCAAGUGCUCUCUGGCGCAUCCGCCGGAUUCCUUGAGGUGUGUCUCAUGCAGCCAUUGGACGUGGUCAAGACACGCAUGCAACUCCAAGCCAAACCAUCUGCAGGUUCAUCUGAAGUAAUUUACAAUGGGGUGCUGGACUGUUUCGCAAAGAUGUACCGUCAGGAGGGAAUUCUAUCGUUCUGGAAGGGUCUGCUUCCACCCAUUUUGGCUGAGACCCCAAAGCGAGCCAUUAAGUUUUUGGUGUUCGAGCAGACGCGACAUUUCUUUCAGUUUGGCUCAGCGAAACCAACUCCGCUCUCGUUUUCGCUGGCUGGCAUGACGGCUGGCGUACUGGAGGCCUUCGUAGUGAAUCCCUUUGAGGUGGUGAAGGUGACGCAGCAAGCGGAUCGUAAAAAAAAACUGCGAACCUCGUACUCGGUGGCUCGGGAAAUCAUCAAAAGCGAGGGCUUCGGAAAGCGGGGACUGCUGAAGGGUGUAACUGCCACAGUUGGACGCAAUGGCGUAUUCAAUACGGUCUACUUCGGUUUCUAUCACACGGUGAAGAACAUGGUGCCAAAGUCGGAGAAUGCGUCGUGGGAGUUUGUGCGGAAGAUUAUCAUUGGCUUCACGGCGGGCACUUUGGGCUGCCUUUUCAAUACACCCUUCGAUGUAGCCAAGUCUCGCAUCCAGGGACCACAGCCAGUGCCCAAUGAGAUCAAAUACGAGGGCACCUUCCGAACCAUAGGCAUCGUUUAUCGCGAGGAAGGCAUCCGUGGUCUCUACAAGGGUCUGUUGCCUAAGGUGAUGCGCCUGGGUCCCGGUGGUGCAAUUAUGCUGCUUACUUUCGAUUAUGUCUACGAAUAUCUAUUGGCGAACUAUUCAUAGUAAAUUCGUAUUUUUACAAUCAUUCACCUAUGUCCGAGUAUGAUCAGAGAAUGAGUCCAGAUGAACACAGUCAAUAAAAUUCAGAGUACAAA